GGCGACCCUGUGGUCUUCUUGCAUGUGUGUUGGUUCUGCUUCAGCGAAGAAGAACACAGCGGAAGUAGCCAUGAGUGAACGACAUUGACGCACAGACAUGUCUGCAGGAUGUAUACGGUGGGUGUUGAACCACGGCGUCAGAGCGGUGUGUGGCGUCCCGCCUGGCUCCCGGAGCACAGCAUCGCGGUUUCUCAACUGCAGUGACAGAUCAAACAUCGUCUCCUGGAGAUGCUCGCCGUUCUCUACAGCGGCAGACGAUGCAGAAAAGACUCCUGCACAGACGAAGAAGAAAAAGCAGGAUCCCAGAUCCCACGCCACGAUCAGCAGCAUCGGCCGUAAGAUCCCUCAGAAGCAGAUCCAGGUGAUCAGCGAGACGGGCGAGGAUAUGGGCCGAAUGCACCGAGCAGAUGUGAUCAGGGUCAUGGACGAGCAGGGUCUGAAACUGGUGCUGCUCAAUGAACACAAAGAGCCUCCCCUCUACCAGCUGAUGAGCGGCAAACAAAUCCACCAAGAGCAGCUGAAACUGAGGGAGAAACAAAAAGCGAAACCAGCGUCUGUGCAGGUGAAGGAGCUCAGUUUUACAUCUGGCAUCGCAUCUCAUGACCUCAGCACCAAGCUGAAGCAAGUGGACAGCUGGCUGGAGAAGAAGCACCACGUUAGGAUUACUCUGCGCUCGGCACGCGGAGCCCCCCCCGGCAACCUGGACACCACUUUGGAGCAGAUGGUGGGACAGCUGGAGGUAAUGGUGGGAUUUGUCUCCAAGCCCACGGUCGUACGUGAGGGCAGAGGAGCCACGUGCAUCCUCCGGCCGGCCUCGGCGAAGGAGAUCGCACAGAAAGGAAAGAAAUCUGCGGCGCCGCGGUCGGACGCCUCCGGGUCCGAGGUCGCCCCGAGCCAAUCACCGUCCAUUAGCAGCGAGGAGGCUGAGGCUGUAUCGACUGAUGGGUCGAGACAGCCGUGACCUGACGGGAAUCAAACAUUUGUCCCGUUUCAUUGGAGGGAAAACGUGUGUCUCGAUGUGAGGAACAUUUCAAACCAACACUCGUGUUCAUCUUUCUCUGCUUCAGUUCAAGAUUCAUCUUUAUUUUUCUUUUUGUUAAAAAAUAAAAGUACAUUUUGGCGCACAGAUA